AAUCCAUUGCCUCGUCGCCUUGCUUCGAACCUACUUGAUCGCUGCCUCACCUCACUCUCUCCCUCUCUCUCGCCGAGUGAGCUUGCGGUUCUUGCCACGCACGCCUCCCCCAUAUAUACCCCACAAUAUAUACCCAGCAGGAAACCAUCGAUCAUACCGAUCGCCAUUACCUCAAUCCAUCGAGACGUUGCUUAGCUCGUCCGAGUAGCUAGCUACGAGGCCAGUUAGCCGGCCGCCGGAGAGGAACUGAUGGGACGUCCGUCGUCCGGCGGCGUGGGGCAGCCCAAGCUCCGCAAGGGGCUGUGGUCGCCGGAGGAAGACGAGAAGCUCUACAACCAUAUCAUCCGGCACGGCGUUGGCUGCUGGAGCUCCGUCCCCAGGCUCGCCGGGCUGAACCGCUGCGGCAAGAGCUGCCGCCUCCGCUGGAUCAACUACCUGCGGCCCGACCUCAAGCGCGGCUGCUUCUCGCAGCAGGAGGAGGACAACAUCGUCGCGCUCCACCAGAUCCUCGGCAACAGGUGGUCACAGAUCGCGUCGCACCUGCCGGGCCGGACGGACAACGAGAUCAAGAAUUUCUGGAACAGCUGCAUCAAGAAGAAGCUCCGGCAGCAGGGCAUCGACCCGGCCACGCACAAGCCCAUGGGCGCCGCCGACACGGCCACAGCGGCAUUGCCGGACGCGGAAGACGAAGACCGCAAGCCCCUUGCCGCGGCGGCCGACAGCAGCCUCGCUCCGAAGCAGCCGGCGGUGUUCGACCCGUUCCCGGUGUCCGACUACGGCGCUGAAUUCGCCGACGGCCUCGGCACGGCAAACGCUGCCGCAUUGUACGGCCAGUUCGGAUGCGGCAAGGAGGGCGCGGACGAGGACGCCGGGUUCGGCGCGGCGGACUACAGCUGCGUGCUGGACGUGUCGGAGAACCUGGGCUACGGGGAGAGCUCGAGCAACAGCAGCAACUGGAACUACGGCGGCGAGGUGGGCAGCGUGCUCGACGGCGAGGUGCCGCACUGGGGGAAGGCGGAGAUGGAGCAGCAGCACACACCGCUGGAGCACAAGUCCUCUCUGCCCUGCCAAGAACAGAGCCUCCUCGCAAGUUUCGAUUUCAACUUGGAGCUGGAACCAUACUUCUGAACUUUUCUUUCUUUUUCCCUCCAUUUUUUACCUUCUUGAAUUAUCUCGAUUCCCACCCACACACUCUACUAUAUUUGCACGUCAGUACAGGACAGCAAAGAACCACCAGAAGGCCAAUUAGGGAUUGUACGUACGUAGUACCUAUACAUACGUUGAUUUUCACAGAGACGACACACAAUACAGCCAUAGAGCUCGUACAGAGAACAUUGUUGUGUAGUAGUAGUAAUCAAACACCUGUAAAAAAUAAACAUUUGUCGAAAUAUAAUGCCGGGCUCACUGAUGUGUCCGGGUGUAGUACUUUUUUCUCAA